AUUGUUCCAGAGCUGUCAGCUCCUUUGGGAAGCCGCUGGAUCCAACCGAACUCCCUCGAUGUAAAUCCAACGGUAAUUACGAAUCCAUACAGAAAACGAGAGACUACUUGUUCUGUGUGGAUGAAAAUGGCAAAUUAGAAAAAAGUCCCAUCUUUAGGAACCGCACUCUGUCUACCUUGCCGUGUUAUGACGAUAAAAUACACAAAAACUACAAAACCCCACCACCUUGUUAUGAGGAGCGCAAAACUCUCAUUAAUAAGAUAAAGAUUCGCGAAAGCAAGGGCUUUACAGUAGUCGGGCUGGAUCUUCCCAGAUGUGAUCCUGACGGGACCUACGCACCGAUUCAGUUUAAUGGAAGCAAGAGUUAUUGUGUCGAUAAAGGUGGGAAAAUAAUUAAAAACACUACUGUUCCCCGGUACUCUGAGGAAGCUCGGAAAAUGAAUUGUAACUGUGUGAGGAUGAAAUUACUGCUGAAGAACAACAGUAAAAUGAGUGGCCUCCAGACUAUAUUCUCCAAAUAUCGCUGCGACAAGAACGGGAACUAUUUACCAAUGCAGUGUAUGUCACUUGCAUGUUAUUGCGUCGAUACCAAAAUGGGUUUCCAGAAGGGGACGGCCGUGUUAACAGUAAAUAAAAAUGACUUGCCGUGUUGGAAACCUGAAUAUGAUACGUAAAUCUUUGGAAUAACUGCAGGAACAGCUGUCUGUUUUUGUAAUUACUAGUUUUAAAAAAAAUUAUGCAUAUAAUUUAAGUGAAUCCUUCUAUCAAAAACAAACUUUAAACUGAGAGGUUCCAUUAAUGAAGAAUCUUUCUGAACACAUGAUGAAGAUGAAAACUAAAAUCAAACGAAA